AUGGAUCCUUGGGCUGGAGGCGACAGAGUGAGCGAGAGCAGUACUCGCCGCCAUGUACCCAUCAGUAGCAUCAGAGAACCAUCUGAGCAUUUAUCUCCCAGGGCCAGUCACCGAAUCGAUUCCCAACAGCCAGAAGAACGUCGAGACACGGCCUUUACUUCCCACCCAGACAAAGAUGAAGUUUACGAGGCCUUCACUGAUAUUGACCUGGGACCAGAGCUGGAGAAACAGGGAGUGCCACCUCGCCCCAGCCGGAGGGUUCUUGGGCUGGUGACCCUCCUCAGAUACUACGACAACCAGCUUGUGCCUGAACUGGGUGUCGGAGUACAAUUUGACUCAGUCCUCCUUGUCAUGGUCACAAUCUUCCGAAUCUCACUCAUGGCCUUCGUUGGCUCUUGCCUAAGCCAAGGCGCGUGGCUUUGGGUAUCGGAAAUCUCGCAACAACGUUACAACCAUGAUGCGCUGCUGUCGGACUUCAGUGUCUUUGACGGAUCGUCUCGGGGAAUACGAGGCAGCUUGCGCUUGCUCUGGCGGAUGAAGCUCAAACAUCUUGGGUGUAUCGGUGCGCUUAUCAUUAUCCUAUCACACUGGUUCGAGACCUUCAGCCAGCAAAUGGUUCUCUUUGAGCAGCGUCCCCGAAUUCUCAACCGUGGCGUUGACUCCGGUAAUACAUUGGAUGUUCCCAUGGAUCCAGCAGCCGAGUUCAACAUCUUCAAAGUCGCUCCGUCCAACGGGACAUCUCAUCCAAUCAAGUCGACAAACCGGGCUUACUUCUCGGUUUUUGACAUGCUCUCCCUCGUCCAAUCUGAGGAUCAGGGAUUGUCGGUCACGGGUACCGAGUGUGCUCUAUGGUUCUGUGUCCAGAGUUUCAAGCUCCUGGUCUUUGAUGGAACGCACAAUGAGACCAUUGUGGGAAACUGGUCCACCACGGAACUUGCACAUGCCGGUGGUGGCAAUCUCCACGGCGCUGGAUAUUCCUUCAUCGGCCUGCCCGAGCAUCUGAAUGCUGACAACACGACGACCUACUCAGUAUCCAAUGAGGCCAUAACCGCUUUGCGAACGUUCAUGGCUGAUAUAACGUCUGGAGUGGUCCGCGCCGACACAAACAUGUUAGAUUACUCCUCGGACUGGGUUGAAGCCAUGUGGAACGCAACCAAUACCCUGCAAGCCUGGAUGGAGAGCUUCACGCAAGCCAUGACAGCCGAGUUUCGUGUCAAUGGGAGACUCUCCAACGGGUUAGGCGGCACCAAGGUUUAUGCUGGAUCUGCCACUCAGCUCGCCCCUUUCAUUAGAGUCCAGUGGUGGUGGAUGUUCUAUCCCGGCUGCAUGCUACUGAUCAGUUUCUACUACUUCUUUCGCACCGUUGUUAUCAGUGCUCGUCAUGGCGUGUCUGCCUGGAAAGGAGAUGCGUUGCCCAUGUUGUUCGUCCGAGUCGACGACAACAUCCAUGCCCACGUUGGGGAUGGCAUGGACGUGCCAGAUGGCUUGAUGGGGAGAGUUGGGAAUAUCCGGAUUGCCAUGUACAGGGAUGAAGAUGGACAAUGGAGAUUCAGCUCCUCGGUGACACCGGCCACCACCAGCAUCUUUUCCUACACAGUCACUCAACCUUGUGAUGGAAGCACCUUCUUCAUCCAUAUCGAGGAAGCAGUUCGGCAGCCGACGAUUUCCACUGGCCGUCUCCAGCGGGGACAAACAAACCCGAUCCCCGAAUGUCAAGGGCUGGAGGGACGCGCACCCGGGACUGGGAUGAUGGCGGUCAACACCAAUAAGAUAUCAUGA